UUAUGUCAAGUAUCAGGAUCCUGAUGUUACUUUUGGAUAUUAAGUUUUAUAUCAUGUAUAGCAUUGAUAUUCUGUCAGAAAUUGAACACAUUAAUAAUUGCUUCUGUAGUAAUAUAAUGAACAUCAUUUUCAAACAGAAUCCCUAAGAGCAGAACUUUUGAAGUGUCACUGUGUACUGCUUGAUGCUUUAGCAUCAUCACCAUGUGUUCAGGAUGCUCAAGAAGCCAUGUAUUUAUGUGCUGAAGAAAAUAUAAUGCUAAAGGAGGUUUCAAAAUUCAUCCUGAAGAGAAUAGUGGUUAGAGAUUUGCUGGAGGCAUUGCCAAGCCAUGCUGUUCAAAGCCAACAACAGGAAAUAUUUUGUAGCCAGUCUUGAAAAAGAUGAGAAUGAGAGUACACAGCCAACUAUAAGUGUAGUGACCAUAAGCAAGCUGUGGAAGCAAGCCUUACAGACAAUGGGCAAUGUAUUGUCAGACUGGACAGAUGGCACAAGUGCACUAGACCUAGAUCAUGUAAAGGCACUGGGAGAGAUCAUCGGCACAGCAGGCUGUGUCAUUACCAACAUCCCAAACACCCAGGUUACACUGCAAUUUUUCCCUAACUCCUGGGUAACUGUGGCUGCAGAUUCACUAGCUACUAUCAUGGCAGAGACGGAUAAUGUAAACUUUGUCAUGUGUUUGAUGGAAACCAUUGCAUCCAUGACAUGGACUGGGAGUGUUGCUGAGUCAUCAAACACAAAGCCUCAGAAUAACCACACGUGGAUGUCCCUUGCAACACUCCCUUGGAUGGCCUCAGAAGUCAGCUUGUUAGAUUUGAAGCCUCCAAAUGCAAAACAGUAUACAUCUUGGGCAUCCAGACUGAAAUGGGGAAAUGAUAUGCAUUUCCCAUUUUGUAGAAUUGUUAAAAAUUCCAGAGUGAAAGCUAUCAGUAUUUCAAUUAUUGCUAUGAUGCCAGAGGACCUUGCCCCCAAAUGGCGAUGCCACAUCAUGCGAGCAGCAAUCAAUGAAAGAGAUUCAUUUGUGAUGCAUGAAGUUGCAAAAUGGUUCCCAGUGAUGGUGCAUCAGUUAGGGGGUGCUGGAGGCCAACAGUUAGUGGGUGAAGUUGUAGGUGCUGUUUUACAUUUCCACUGAUAACAAGACUGUACAAGCUGGAGCUGCUUCAUUGAGUCACUUGUUGUGUGCUCUUCUUAAUCACACAACAGUGAAAUGUCCAAAGUCAGAGGAGGAUACGUAUGGCCCGGACAUCCUUGUCUGCAGAGUAUGCAAGAAUGCAAAUUCAACUAACAUCCUAGACCCACAGC